GCUCCCUCCGCCGUCCCCGCGUAUCCAAUGUCCCAACCGAUCAUGCUCCCCCAGGGCUGGGAAGCCAGAUGGGAUCCCCAGGCGAACGCCUACAUCUAUGUCGACCAGAGCACAGGCAGGUCCCAGUGGGAGGUCCCCCUCAACCCCACCUUCCCCACCUCCCCCACCCCGCACGCCCCCCCCCAGCGCCACGGCCGCCGGGCCUACCCCUCCGCCAUGUACGCCCACGCCUACGACACGCCCGCCCCGCACGUCGGCCCCCCCCAGCCGGUCGCGGGCUACGCCGAGCAGGGCACACCGCAGUUCAUCACCCCCGGCUUCGAGGGCCAGCAGCCCGUGCAGCAGCCGCCGUACGCCGCUGUGGACCACGUCGCCGGCCAGUUCCAGCAGAUGAACAUUGCUCCCGGCGCCGCGCCCGUCGCUGGCGCGGCUGCCGGUGCGUACCAGGGCGCGGGCUAUGCCGAGAAGCAGCUGCACUCGACAAAGACCAAGACGGUCAACCUGAUAGGUCUCCAGCCGGACGUCGCCGCGCUCGACAACCCGCCUCCGCCUGCCCUCCUCCCCGCCAACGCGAGCGUCACGUCGUCCGCCCACUCCCAGCCGGAUCCGUCGUACCAGCGCUGCACCCUCAACGCCAUGCCCACCACGCAGUCUUUGCUGAACAAGUCCAAGCUGCCGCUUGCGCUCGUCAUGGCGCCUUACCGAUCCAUUCGCGAGACGGACAAUGAUCCCGAUGUGCCGGUGGUCGAGGACGGCGUGAUUGCGCGAUGCAGGCGGUGCAGGGCGUACAUCAACCCGUUUGUCACGUUUAUCGAAGGCGGGAACAGGUGGAAGUGCUGCAUGUGUGGUCUGAGCAACGAAGUGCCGCAGCUGUUUGACUGGGACCAGCGUGCAGAGAAGCCGGCGGACAGGUGGGCGCGCAAGGAACUGAAUCACGCCGUCGUCGAAUUCGUCGCGCCGACAGAGUACAUGGUCCGGCCGCCUCAGCCGCCCGUAUAUGCCUUUGUCAUUGACGUUUCAUCCGCUGCGAUCCAAAGCGGCAUGGUCGCCGUCGCCGCGCGCACCAUUCUCGAAUCACUCGACUCGUUGCCGAAUGCCGAUAACCGCACAAAGGUCGCCAUCAUCGCCGUCUCCACCAGCCUCCAUUUCUUCUCCUUGCCCGCCGACGCGACCGAAGCCGGCAUGCUCGUCGUCCCCGACCUGACAGACGUCUUCCUCCCGAAACCCGUCGACUUGCUCGUCAACCUGACCGAAUCUCGCCCCGCUAUCGAAUCCCUGCUUGCCAAGCUGUCAGACAUGUUCCAAGACUCGCACACCGUCGGUUCCGCGCUCGGCUCGGGUUUGCAGGCCGCCCACCAGCUUAUUGGGAAGAUUGGCGGUAAGAUUAUCGCGCUGGGCGCUUCCCUCCCGACCAUUGGCGAGGGUGUGCUCAAGGCGCGAGAUGAUCCCAAGCUGCUCGGUACAUCGAAAGAAUCUCAGCUCCUCAAUGCCGGCAACAACUGGUACAAGACGUUUGCGAUCGAGUGUUCCAAGAACCAAGUCUCGGUCGACAUGUUCCUGUUCAGCGGGACGUACACCGAUGUCGCCACACUGGGUUGUCUGCCCCGAUACACUGCCGGCCAGACCUAUCUCUACCCAGGCUUCAACGCCUCGAGGAGCGAGGAUGCGAUCAAGUUUGCGACCGAGUUUGGUAAAGUGCUGGCGAUGCCCAUCGGUCUCGAGGCGGUGAUCAGGGUCCGUGCGUCGAGGGGGAUCCGCAUGUCUGCCUUCCACGGCAAUUUCUUCAUCCGAUCGACCGACCUGCUCGCGCUGCCCGUCGUACCGCAAGACCAAAACUAUGUGAUCGAGCUCCAGAUCGAGGAUGAUAUCAAGGGCUCAUUCGUCGUCAUCCAAACCGCUGUUUUGCAUACCACAUGCUAUGGCGAACGACGGAUCAGGGUGAUCACCCAGGCGAUGCCGACGACGGACAGUAUCGCCGAGCUGUACACCUCGGCGGACCAGAUCGCGCUCGCGACCUACCUCGCCAACAAGGCUGUGGAGAGAAGCAUGUCACACAGCCUGGACGAUGCGCGGAACCACGUCACAAACAGGCUGGGAGAAAUGUUGACGGUGUACAAGAACCAGGUGACCUCUGCCGCCGGCGGCGCCUCCGCCCAGCUCGCCGUGCCUGAAAACCUGUUGCUCCUCCCCCUGCUGUGUUGCGCGCUGACAAAGCACGUCGGACUGCGUGAAGGCGCCUCGAUCCCUCCAGACUUGCGGGCCUAUGCCCAAUGUCUGCUCACCACGCUUCCCUGCCAGACGCUGAUUCCGUAUAUCCACCCGAGGUUUUACUCUCUCCAUAAUAUGCCGCCCGAGGCCGGUACGAUUGGCGGCGAUGACGGGGCGAUGAUAUUGCCCCCGGCGCUGAACCUCACGUCGGAGAAACUCGAGCGCCACGGUUUAUUCUUAAUCGAGGAUGGACAAAACAUCUUCCUCUGGGUCGGGCACGACGCCGUCCCGCGCUUGAUCCAAGACGUCUUUGACCUCGCGUCAUACCACGAACUACAGGGCGGGAAAUAUACCCUCCCGAGACUGGAUAACCCCUUCUCGGAGAGGGUGUGUAAUGUGGUGGAUAAGACGAGGGAGAUGAGGAGGGGAGUGUAUAGGCCGCAGUUGUAUGUGGUGAAGAGUGAUGCCGAGCCGGCGUUGAGGAGCUGGGCGUUGAGUUUGUUGGUGGAAGAUCGGAUGGAUAGGAUGUCGAGUUAUGCGCAGUAUUUGACGACUGUGAAAAGCAAGGUGAAUGGCAGUUAGAGUCAACCGUGUUUAGAUGGAUGACUGGUGUUUGGGGCUUGGGAUCGAGGUCUAGGUUUAGGUUUGGGAUUGGGGGAUUGGGAUUGGGAUUGGGAUUGGGGAUUGGAGUACGCCACAAGAGCAUGAGGAUGGGGAAAUGAUAGUGGUGAAACGGGGCGUGAUGGAAAAGCCAGAUGUGCAUGGUUUAAUCAAUUGGUAGUGAUAAAAAACAGAAAAGGGGAGCGUAUGUGAAUCGAUUUUGAGAAUAAAAAGAGGUUGACUGUCAAGCCCCUAGCAAGUGUCUUCUCCAAUUGAAAUGAUUUCUCUAUAUAUGAAAAAAAGUACAUGAUACACCCCGCAUUCUCAUCAAAUAUCAUCUGGCAUGCGGUGGCUGUCUACUGUUAAGGAAAUACAAUGAGCUUAUCCACGCUUGACUUGGAUCCUACCAAUUCCUUGAUAAUCAGUAAAAAAGGGGGUGUGAAAAGGUUGAGGCAACGGGCGAUAACGAAAACUCACCCCCCGCCAAGAAUCUCGACCAAUAUAUUCCUCACUAUCCGCCUCACAGCCUCUUCGCUCGCUGGAUCCCAUUCUUUGGAUGUGGAGACGCUAAUCCUUGUCGUCGUCGUUUCUGAUUCUCUCUGUCCUUCUGCUUCUUCUUUGUGAUUUGUUGUAUGGGGUUCUUUUGAGGAUGGUGGAGAGGAAUGGGGAGCGGGAGCAGGGAGAGGGAUAGAUUCGUUCAGUUCGGUAAUGAUCUUGAGGCUUAUAGGCCAUGCUUCUUUUGUUUCUCGUGAGCUUUUUUCUCUAGCUCAAGGAAGAUACAGGACAUGACGCGACACGACGCGACGCGAGACAAGGAGGAGGGACGUACCCAAGGUACUCUCAAAGUGCAUGAAAGUAAGGUCUUCGACCAUCUCGAAUUGAGAGUCGGUGAGCAAGUGGGGGAUGACGAGUUGGAUUGUCUGCCAAGGAGGCCAUCAACCAUGGUCAAAGAUUAAUAGAGAGGACGUACAUGAGGUGGUCUGGGGUAUGGCAUUGUCUCUCUUCAGGCAGUUUGCAGGGUUGGGCUGAAGAGUAAUAGGGUUAUAUAAGUUGUCAGUAGAUACAAGUACGAGGAGAGAAAUGUAUAUAAAAGGUGUAUGCGGGAAUAAUGGAG